UUAAUUUUAGACAACCCUCCUGGCAGGUCAUUGACUGUGAGUGAUUGAGGCAAUAGACCUGUGAGGGGUGCCCCAGCCUUUGGGUGGGAGAGGCUCCUCUCUAGGAAUGGGAUCCAGGCCUGGCUGGGCGCAUCUCUUUGAGCUUUGCUUUCCUCGUCUGUAAAUGGGAGUGACAGCCACCCUGCUAGUGGCCCUGGAGAGCAGACUGUGCUAUCAGCGAGUAAGGGGAGGUGGGUGGUGGUGUCAUUAUCUUUGCUACUGUGCUCAGGGUGGACGCCCAGGACCAGGGUGGGGGUUCAUUUCUUAACCAUUAACCUCUGGCGGGCAUAUGCUGCCCGCUCCCCAGCCCAAGAACUUGGCCUGCAGCUAAUGAAUGAGUGGGGAACCGUUGGUAGAUGAGGGAACUCUGGGACUUUUGGGCUUGGAUCCGAACCUGGUGGGGGUUGCCCCUAGGAAGGCACGGCUCCUCCCACCCGCGCUUGCCCAGCGGAGGUCAGGCCUGCUGGGCGCUGGGGGUGCCCUGGUGAAGGGACGGGGCUUCUGCCCGAAGCCCGGAACUCACAGCCAGAAAGCAAUCGUCAGGAAAGGGCGUGCCACGGUGAUCCAGGCAUGCGUCGCAUGUGUUUAUUGAGCGCCUGCUGUAUGCUGGGAUCUAGGGUGCUGCGCGCGGUGAUGGGGACCUGGGAAAGGUGGGCCUGGGGUACAUCCGGGGCUUUGGGGGAGGGGUGGGCCGGGGAGAGGCCGCUCUUCGUAUCGCUGGAGGAGGGUAUAUAGAGGGGUCCGGGCUCGUGGGCUCCGACAACUUUCAGAGUGUUGGAGAUUAUGUCUGGCAGCCAAUCCCGGCCCCUUGGGGAUCCUUUCUCCUGAAAUUCCUUCCCGCCCCCCAGCCCCUCCGCAGCCCGCCGGGGCUCAAGGGCACAGAGCGCCUCGUCCGCUUCCCCCCGCCCCCAGCCCCAGCUCGCAGGUAAGGAAACAGGCCGGCGGAGUCCCGGGAGGGCUGCCCGAGCGCCCGGGGAGCUGGCGGCCGAGGCCCCCGGGCCAGGCCUCCCAGCGGCGGGGCUGCGCUCUCACCCGGAGGGGCGGCGGGGGAGGCGGUGUGGGGCCCGGACCCGAGCGGAGCGCGCUCCCGGCGGACGCGGCGGCGGCGCCCGGCGCGAGGGGCCGGAAUGGGCAGUCAUCAGUCUUCCCAGGUGUGUCGCGUGGUCCCUGGGUUCGGCUCCCCGGCCCCCUUAAGGCGCGUCAUGGCUCGGAAAGCCUGGGGGAAGCCCCCGGAGCGGCCUCCCCCGGGCAGAGGAGAUCCCGCCCCGCGCCCCUCGCUCCGCGCAGGAAGUGCGAUCCCGCCCCGGCCGCUUGCGGUCCGGGCCGUCCGCCGGCGCCCGUAGGGUUAACGGCAGCGGGUGGGUCCUCCCGGCCGGUGCACGGAGGGCUGCCCCGCUGCGCCGGGCUGGGCAGGGAGGGUCUCCGAGCCACGCGCGGGCGGGUCUGCGCAAGCCGGGCAGGGAGCCCCGCGCGCGAGCAGGGUGCGUAAGGGUUAAUCCCUCGGGCCCGGGAGGGGCGAGCCAGGCCCGGAACCGCGGAACCCGAGGCCAGCGGGGUCCUGACUGAGUAGUCUGGGGCCCCAAAUGCAGUCACCCUCGGAUUGUGCGAGUGUCGGGUUCAGCAGUCCCGCCUCUGCCGCAGACAUGGAGAAACUCAGGCUGCGCAGCCCCUGGGUGCCCUCCUGCCUCGGGCAGCCCCGUGUCCUGCAGGGCCGACUGGCCAGGUCCUCACCCUCGCUCUGGGACAGCGCGCUGCAGGAGCAGAAGGGCGAGCUGCGCAAGCGGCUGUCCUACACCACGCACAAGCUCGAGAAGCUCGAGACCGAGUUCGACUCCACGCGCCACUACCUGGAGAUCGAGCUGCGGCGCGCGCAGGAGGAACUCGAGAAGGUCACGGAGAAGCUGCGCAGGAUUCAGAGCAAUUACCUGGCGCUGCAAAGGAUCAACCAGGAGCUGGAGGACAAGCUGUACCGCAUGGGCCAACACUAUGAGGAGGAGAAGCGAGCGCUGAGCCAUGAGAUUGUCGCCCUCAACAGCCACCUGCUGGAGGCCAAGGUGACCAUCGACAAGCUGUCGGAGGACAACGAGCUCUAUAGGGAGGACUGCAGUCUAGCGGCCCAGCUGCUGCAGUGCAGCCAGACCUACGGGAGGGUCCGUAAGGUGUCCGAGCUGCCCUCGGACUUCCAGGAGCGUGUGAGCCUGCACAGGGAGAAGCACGGCUCUCCGCUCUGCCACCCGGCCUAUGCCACCAGCGGCCCUACCUGCAUCAUCGCCAAGGUGCUGGAGAAGCCGGAACCCACCAGCCUGUCCUCUCGCCUGUCAGACGCCUCAGCCCGUGACCUGGCCUUCCGAGAUGGGGUCGAGAAGCUGGGCCCACAGCCUCCUUACAAGGGGGACCUCUACUGCAGCGACACGGCCCUCUACUGCCCCGAGGAGCGGGGGCAUGACCGGCGGCCCAGCGUGGAUGCGCCCGUGACCGACGUGGGCUUCCUGCAGGCACAAAACUCCACCGACAGCGCCGCCGAGGAGGAAGAGGAGGCAGAGGCUGAGGCGGCCGCCUUCCCCGCAGGCUUCCAGCACGAGGCCUUCCCGGGCUACGUGGGCUCACUGCCCACAUCCAGCUCCUACUCCAGCCUCAGUGCCACGUCGGGGGAGAAGGAGCACGUCCAGGCCGGCACGCUGACCACCCCACAGCAGGCCAUCUACCUGAACAGCCGCGACGAGCUCUUCAGCCGCAAGCUGCCCGCCGCUGCCACCUACGAGGGCAGCCCGCACUUCACCAAGGCCACAGCUGCAGUGGCGGCCCCGCUCGAGGCCCAGAUGGCCCCGGGGUUUGCGCGGACCUUGUCACCAUACCCGGCCGAGACUUUCCGCCUCCCAGCCUCCCAGGGCCCCCAGCAGGCCCUGAUGCCCCCAAACCUGUGGAGCCUUCGGGCCAAGCCAGGGACGGCCCGGCUCUCCAGGGAGGACAUGCGGGGCCAGUGGCGGCCCCUGAGCGUGGAGGACAUUGGCGCCUACUCCUUCCCAGCCACCACUGCCGGCCACGCCUCACCCUGCAGCUUCUCUGAACGCUACUAUGGUGGCAGGGGCAGCCCGGGCAAACAGGCUGAGGGCCGCGCCAGCCCCCUCUAUGCCAGCUACAAGGCUGACAGCUUCUCGGAGGGCGACGACCUCUCCCAGGGCCACCUGGCAGAGCCUUGCUUCCUCCGGGCAGGCGGCGACCUGAGCCUCAGUCCCGGUCGCUCUGCCGACCCACUGCCAGGCUACACGCCCAGCCAGAGGGACGGGGAGAGGCUUGGGGUGCAGCUGUGCGGGGCGGGCGGCAGCCCUGAGGCCGAGCACAGCACCCACAGUUCCAGGGACUCCUUGGAGCCCAGCUCCAUGGAGGCCUCCCCAGAAAUGCACCCCGCCGCCCGCCUGAGCCCCCAGCAGGCCUUCCCGCGGACUGGUGGCUCGGGGCUCAGCCGCAAGGACAGCCUCACGAAAGCCCAGCUCUACGGAACCUUGCUCAACUGAGAGCCCGCGUGCAGGCCACGGCCACGCCACGGCGCCAGGGCCACCCGCCCCCACCCCACAGGGAACUUGAGGGGCACACGUGCCUCUCCUGGACACCCAGCCGCAGCCCCUGUGUGGACCCCUCCCCACGUGGCCCAGGGGAGCCUGAGAGGAGGUCCCCCACACCGUCUCAUCCAGCCCUGCCCCGCCACGGCGGAACAGCCCCAGGAACACUUUUCACACACCGAACUCCUUCCCCAUCUCAGAGGAGCGCUCCCCCUUUUAUAAAGUCAAACUAUUUUUAUAGAGAAAAAGGGUCUUUCUUAACGCACUCGGCCUCCCGCUCCCUGGGCGGCAGCCUCGGCGUCUCCACCACAAAGCUCCUUUAUUUCCGGGUGAGGGCAGGUGGGUCUGCCCCCCGGGUGGGACGGACGGUGUCCUGUGCAGGCACUGCAGCGGACCAGUGACAGGGCAGCCCCGAGGCUGUCCAUGAAGUGGGGACCUGGAACGGUGGAGGGACGUGAAAUGUUUUUAACCUGCUUCCGCCGUGCAGCCAACACCCCACCCCACCCCUUCCGUGGUCCGCAGUCCUGAGUGGGGCCGGUGCUCGUCCCCCCAGCGUCCCGCUCCCCAGCACCGCCUCGCUCUACCUCACGCAUAAUGAGGCCCCGACCCCCAUCUGUGUAGCUCGCCUUCCCGUCAUCUGUGAUGCAUGCCCCAUCUCAGUUGGUACUGUACUUUUUCGUUCGUUAAUAAAAGACAUCAGUGGAAAGAAUUGGGGUUUGGGCGUUUCUUCGCCCAUCGUCUUUUGAUGGCAGGGAUGUGAAGCCCUCCGGCCAGGGCGGUCUCCUGACAGCCACACUCUCUCCCCACCGGCGUCUUGUCCACUGGCGCCUGAAGCUGCAGCGGCUCUCCUCCCACGAUGGCUUCAGAGCUGCAUUUCAGACUUACAGGUGAGGGUAAAGGUAGGCGCGCGGCCUCAGGGAGGGGGUGGAGGGGACAGCCCACACUUCGUUUUCAUUCCUGCUCCACACUUUCUAAAUUCAGCUCUCUUAUUUUAAAAUUGCAAAUGGUGAACUCCCAGACACCUUGCAGAGAAUCAGAGUGAGCUUUUAGGAAUGGUCUAUGGAAGAAAGCACGCAGAAAAAGAGGGGUGAAGGCACAGAGCACACCUGCCGUUCUUCCCAAUAAGAUACCCUAAAAAAGGAGGGACUGGGUCACUGGGACCCUACCUGCUGCGUGAGCCUGGGGGUUUGCUUCCUUCACCCGCCUGAGGACCAUGCAGAGGGGACAGUAAGUGCAAAGGCCCUGCAGCACUGUGCUGAGCUCAGCUCCAGACUCCCUAAUUUGGUGCAGGCCCAGCAGGUGCUGCAUCCACUCAACUCACCGCUGGCCAGGCUCAGCACUGACUGUGGGGCAGGUCCUCAGAAUGAUCCCCACCUCAGAGCCUUCACCCUUCUCGCUGCCUGGAAUGUCCAGCCCAUGGACCCCAGGGCAAGUUACACACCCUGAAGUAAAUGUAUUUACACACCAGGCCUCCAGAGGCCCCUCCCAAAAUGCCCAGUGCCCACCCCCCCAGGAGACUGGAAGACUUUGUGUGCCAACACCCAGCACAGACUUGACAACCUUAGAUCCUCACAGCAAGCCUGCAGGCUUGGGGUUCUGGCAUUGCUUUACAGAUGGGGAAACUGAGGCUCAGAGAAGAGAGAUGACUUGUCGGAGAUCCCAGCUAUGUUGACAGCAGAGCUGGCCUGGAAUCCAGGCUCUGGAGAGGCAAAGCUGGGCCCCUCGCGCCCCCACCACAGGCCUCCUCCUCUGGUCCUCUGUGCUUCCUCACUGGCUCCCCUGCCAGGGAUGCCCUCCU